CAAUUGACUAGUGAUUUAACAGUAAAGUACAGUCACUACCUACUUUUGCUGCAGAAACGGCUUUGUUAGGCAGAAAAGCUGAGAAUAUUAUGAGGCGUUAAAGAUUUCCAGUUAAUAUUUAGAGAUUAUCCAGUGCACGUCAAUAGCAUUACUAUUAUUUUCGAAUCAGUGUUCAAAAGUCAAAAAAUGGAUUGUAAUCUACAGGAGAUAUUGGAGGAUUUAUCGACUGUAGAUGCGCCGUCUAUGACUCCAAAUUUUAGUGCGAUACUGGAGGAUUUAACCAGUCCUGGUUUUCCUACGCCGGAGCCAUCACCUACGCAUUAUGACCAAUUUUUACAAACCAUAACAGAAAGCUGUGCACCACCCUUGCAUUAUGCAACGUUGACACCUGCUGCGAGCCCUGUGCAAGAUUACGACGCUACGAUGUCGGAAGGCAUUACUGCACAACCAAGGCCAUCGUACUGGCUUGAAAUUGCCAAUUCAACUAUUGUGAGCUACAUUAUAGUACCAGAAACGAAACCAGAACCUAGCACGAACUACACCCAAAGCAAUUCGUUUUACCAGCCAGACUCUGAACAGGAUCUUGGUUUGGCGAGCAACCAUGAAACGAGUUUCAUGGAGUGCCCUUCAUCAGGAACAUUUGCAAUUGAAUACCCGACAUCGUCGACGCCCCAUCCUUGUGAGAUCCAGGGCACAUCAGCACAACCGUUUUACAUAACCUGGUCGAUAGUUUCACCAACCGAAGAGACAAUUUCGGUAGAGAUUCCACCAGCAAAUUCGAACGAAAACUCCAACGAAGGACAGCUGCGCAAGUCACGUAGAGUAAGUUUUAUACAAUACAAUACCGAGCUGUACUGCAUGUUUUGCAACAAAGAAUUCGGCCGGAAGGGAAACCUUAGGCAACACAUCCUUACCCAGCACUCUAGCGACCGACUGUGCCGGUGCGAGAUAUGUGGUAAAAACUUCGCAACCGAGGAGAAACUACAGAACCACAAGCGCAACCACGAUCCUGAGAACAAAAAAUAUCCUUGUUCACAGUGUGAGAAAUCAUAUGUGUAUCCGAAGGAUCGCGACCGGCAUUUUGAUCUGCAUCACGGAACGCCGAUGCAUCAGUGCAAAUACUGCCGGAAGCGAUUCGUACGUCGUGACCAUUUAUUAGCCCACGAGCAAUCUCACGAGAAACAGGGAACAAUUGAGCUAACUCGUGGCCGACGGCGGCGGAAGGUACCUGGUGGAAAUGGAGUGCUGUUGCCGUUGAACUAGACAUUUAAAUUGUAAAAUUUGAUUGAAUGCUAGAAUACCAGUGAAUAUUAGAUGAUAAGAAUUGAAGUUAUUUUUACUUUUAAGGAACUAGACGAAGCAUGUGAACAUGAAUUGAAUAUUUUUUGUGAUACUAGUAAUGUUCUACCAGUGUGUUUAGAAACAAAUUAGAUUAUAACAUUUGUAAUUAGUAUAGUAUUUGUU